GACGAGGAUGAUGAAGAAGACGAGACGGUCAAAGCUCUGGGUAUCGGUGAUUGGACCAGUGGGAUUAUAACGCCAGGUGGAGGCAAAAUCUACCAGAAUUACAAAGCGCCUGGGCCGAUUACCACAACCAAAGGAGCACUGGCCUCAUCGUCAAAAAUAGGAGCCCAUACAACGUCG